AUGGACUUGCAUCCAAGAAGGGAAAGUGAAGGUACGUUUGAGUUUGGUAGCUAUAGUAAAGAAGCUGAUGAUUUGCAUUCUGUAGUCAUGUAUUUCUCAGGGCUGAAACAAGUGAUUGGUGGAAUCCUCGGUCAUGGUAAAGCAACAGUUGUGAGUAUUUCUGCACACUACUAUAUGGAUAAAGGAAUUGAAGAAGUGUUGGGUAAAGAUUAUAUGGAAAGAAUCAAGGAAAAGGGAUUUUUGGAUUUUAUUGGUGGUGACGGAACUCAGUACCGCGUCACAGAAGAGAGUUUAAUGGAACGCCUUGGUACUGAUAUGCAUGCCUUGUGCCUCUCAAUUGCACCGGACUGCAGUUUAGGGUUCUAUCAAAAGAUUUUAGGUGAUUUUCUAGUAUUAAUAUCCGCCUAUCACAUCACCGGUCUUCAUUAUCAUCUUUCUCUUAAUGGCCGCUCAUUCGCUCAAUCAUCAUCUGUUAUUGUUGAGGAACAAACAGUUAUUGUAAAGAAUAAGUAUGGUGAAAAUCUUGUUGGUGUCUUACACGAAACGGGUUCUACAAAAAUUGUAAUCUUGUGCCAUGGAUUUCGAUCAAGUAAGGAUACUCCGAUUAACACGAACUUGGUCGAGGCUUUAACAAAGCAAGGAAUUAGUGUAUUCCGGUUUGAUUUUUCUGGGACCGGGAAAAGUGAAGGUACACAACAUGAUGAAUACAUUAAGGAGGCUGAUGAUUUGCGUUCUGUAGUUCUACACUUUAUAGGAAUGAAACGUGUCAUUGAUGCCCUUGUUGGGCAUAGUAAAGGAGGAAACGUGGUGCUCAUAUAUGCUUCAAAGUAUCACGAUGUAGCUACACUUGUAAAUGUGUCCGGACGCUACAAUAUGGAGGGAGGUAUUGCAAAACGCUUGGGUGAAAAUUAUAAGGAAAGAAUUGAGCAAGAUGGAUUCAUUGAUGUAGAAGAUAAAAAAGGUAAUUGUUUUUUUAGCUUCACGGCAGAGAGCUUGAUGGAACGCCUUGCUAUUGAUAUGGGUGCAUUAUGCUUGUCAAUUGGAAAAGAUUGCAGGGUGUUGACUGUUCAUAGUGCUGCGGAUAAAAUAGUACCAGUUGAAGAUGCGUAUGAGUUUGCCAAAGUCAUAGUAAAUCACAAAUUGCAGGUAGUUGAAAGGGCUGAUCAUGGUUACAAUAACGAUAAACAUCUAUCUGAAUUAGCGGAGAUAGUGGUUGGCUAUAUCAAUGAACUUUUCAUGCAAACACCAUCACCUUUGCAGAUAGUUGUCGCCUCUCCUAAUAAGCUUUUCAUUAUAGAAGGUCUUGUACUUAUUCUCAGAAUUUUCCUGAUGUACUACCGCCGCUAG